ACUCUUCAUUUUCCGACCCAAUCGCCCCCACCAAAUCUGAGCCCGAGCAUCGUUUCCGAACAGAAGCAAGAAAAAAAACGGCGACGGCGGCGGCCAAGGUCGAGUUCGGCUGUUUCUGUCCGAGCAUUCACUGUCUCCAUGUCCGCGUGAUUGGGUACGAGGAAGAACCAGUUGAGGUUUCGGCUGAUUUGCUUCUGUAUUCGAGUUAUCUGAGUUCUUGAGCGGACGUUGGGGGUCGGAGAAGGGUUGGCACUCCACGCUCGAUCAAGAAGAAGAAGAAGAAGUUCCAUGGCUUCGAUCUCCUCCGGUAAUGGCCAGGAAGAUCAGGUUUUGGUGGAGGAGAAGUCCUUUGUGAGAACACUGAUACUAAACAGACCCAAGCAACUGAAUGCUCUUUCAUUCGAUAUGAUAUCUCCGUUAUUGGAACUUUUCCUUCUUUAUGAGAAGGAUUCUAAUGUGAAGUUGGUAAUCUUAAAGGGAAAAGGGAGAGCUUUUUGUGCUGGUGGUGAUGUCGCAGCUGUUGUGCGUGAUAUCAACAACGGAAAAUGGAAGUCGGGUGCGAUCUUCUUUCGGAAGGAGUACACUUUAAAUUAUCUGAUGGCAACAUACAGUAAACCUCAGGUUUCAAUCUUGAAUGGCAUUGUCAUGGGAGGAGGGGCUGGCUGUUCUGUACAUGGUAGUUUUCGUGUGGCAACAGAAAAUUCGGUUUUUGCUAUGCCUGAAACAGCUCUGGGUCUCUUUCCAGACAUAGGUGCCUCAUAUUUCCUGUCAAGGCUCCCGGGACAUUUUGGGGAAUAUCUUGGUCUUACUGGUGCUAGAUUGGAUGGAGCAGAGAUGCUUGCAUGUGGCCUUGCAACUCACUUGGUUCCCUCAGCGAAAUUGCCGUCACUCGAAGCAGCUCUACACAUGGUAGAUUCUAGCGAUCAAGCUGUAAUUUCAGCAAUCAUUGGUGAAUACUCUGAGCUGCCUAUGUUGAAAGAGCAAAGUGCAUACCACCGGUUGGCUGUCAUCAAUAGGUGCUUCUCGCGAAGAACUGUGGAAGACAUUUUAUCUGCUCUUGAGCGAGAAGCCACAAAUAAGGUAGAUGAUUGGAUCGUCGCCUCAAUUCAGUCAUUGAAGAAAGCAUCACCAACAAGCCUUAAAAUUUCUCUUAGAUCGAUAAGAGAAGGUCGACUACAAGGAGUUGGGCAGUGCCUUGUACGAGAAUACAGAAUGGUUUGCCACGUAAUGCAAGGCGAAGUCAGCAAGGACUUUGUUGAGGGCUGCAGAGCCAUUCUAGUGGAUAAGGAUAGGAACCCAAAGAGAUUUUCAUCCUUCUCUUUUGCAGUGGGAGCCUCCUAGAUUGGAGCUUGUCAGUGACAAGAUGGUCGACAAGUACUUCUCCAAGGUGGAUGAUGAAGACUGGGAGGAUCUAAAGCUACCCCCCAGAUCGAACUUGCCUGCAUCUGCUAUCGCAAAGCUGUAACUCUCAGUAUGGCAGAUUUUCGCUGUCAAUAAAUUAAGCGGUGCCUGCAUGACGCAGAAUAACUGUCCAGAUAAUGAGUUAUGGAAAAGGUUGUCGCUACAUCGAACUUUAGACACAGUCCGACAUGAGGUCAAUGGCUGGAGAUGGACGGCCGAAGAGUUAAGUCGAACAAUCCUUGUGUUGUGCAUCUAGAGCAAUUGCUCCAUUCAUCAAUACGAGUGACUCCCAUUGAUCUUAUUUCAGCUCGUGUAUGAUCUUCGUAAAUUUAACCUUCUAAGGAACCAAAAUCAUGGCAUAUCUUUUUUUGAUCGAAUCAUCUAUCUUUUAUGGA